AUGGAUUCGAUUUAUCUGAAAUCACUUAUGCGGUUUGAUGGAUCUAACUAUCAAGUAUGGAAGUUCCAAAUGUGUACUAUAUUCACAACUACCGGUCUCCUAAAAUUAGUUGAUGGAACGGAGACGAAACCACAGCCAACAGCAAACAAUUUCGACGCAUGGAAUGCGCGCAGUGCUAGAGCGAUGUGUUAUGUCUCAUCGUCAAUGGAUCAUAAGCAGCUUGAAACUCCGAUAACAUGUGAAACAGCAGCUGAAGUGGCAUGGAUCGAAAAUAUGGCAAGUCAACUACGCGAUAUUGGCGAAGAAUUAUCUGAGGUCACCAUAAUGUCCAAAAUUUUGAGUGCCCUACCGCAAAAAUUUGGCCCACUGGUGACGGCAUGGGAUAGCGUCAGCGAACCAAAACAGACGCAAACGAAACUCAUCGAACAUCUCAUCAAGGAGGAAGCACGACUUGCCGCCAUGGACGACGCGACAAGCAGUUCGGCAGCCAUGACAGUACAGCAGAAGCGAAACAAGGGAAAUCAACAUGGAAACGGCAGAUUCCAAAUCGAACGUCGAUAA